AUGGUGCUCGCGACUGGUCUCAAAGGCGCCCAUGUGCUUAUCACAGGAGACACACGGGGUAUGGGAGAGGCAAUGGUGCAUAAAUUCCUCCAGGAGGAAGCCAAUGUAUCCUACUGUGCCCGGACCGUCACCAACACCGAGUUUGCUGGGUUCUACUCGACGCUCCCUGAAGGGAAUACCGCCCGCACCGUGGGCACGGCAUUCGAUGUUGCUAGCAAAGACGCUAUCGUCCAGUGGGUCGAGAGCUCCGCCGAGCGACUCGGACGUAUUGAUGUGAUUAUCGCCAAUGAACACUGGGAGAGCAGUUUUGCGAUCGAUGUCAUGGGCUUUGUCGAGGUGGUCAGGGCAGCCACGUCCUACUUGGAAAAGUCCUCGGAGGCAUCCAUCAUCGUGCAGAGCUCAUUCAUGGGACGUGAAUUCUACCGGUCUCCCUCCAAGCGGCCUACGGGCCCUGCAAGGCAGCGCAGCUGCAGCAUGAUCCGGGUCAAUGCCAUCUCGCCGGGACCGAUCCUGUGCAAAGGAGGUCCCUGGGAUCUCUAUUCAAAGAGUAAUCCGGAAUGGGUGGGGGAACAGCGGCCGAAAAGAGGGCCGACAGAGGUAGCAGCUGUGGCAGUAUUCCUAAUGAGACCUCUGGCCAGCUUCGUCUCGGGCGCAAAUAUGUUGGCCGAUGGGGGAAUUCAUGUUGGCACCCAGUAG